AGACAGUCAGCUCUGCCCAAUGGGGUACACUCCCGAUGACCCGCCUCCAGCGUGCGCUGAUGAAUUUGAUGACUUCGUGACAUACGAGGCCAAUGAGGUGACGGACAGCGCGUAUAUGGGCUCCGAGAGCACCUACAGCGAGUGCGAGACCUUCACGGAUGAGGACACCAGCACGCUGGUCCAUCCUGAGAUGCACGACGAAGUGGAGACGGACAGUGCGGUCGAUUCCACGGUGCAUUCGGAAUUCAUGGAGCCGGAGGAAACGGAGAACGGAUCCCACCCUCAUGAUUUGUCCUUGACCACCGAUGUCAACAGCCACUCAAUUGUCACCAUAAUCAGCGGAGAGGAACAUUUUGAGGACUACGGAGAAGGGAAUGAAGGAGAUCUUUUCUCGGACAGCUUAUGCAAUGGAGAAAGUGGCUUCUGUAGCUCGUCUUUCCUUUCUCCCAGUCCGAAUCAGAGACUCUCCAGCAAAAAGGUAGCAAGGCACCUGCAUCAGACAGGAAGCUUUUCGAUGGAUAAUAUAGAACAAUCUCUUCAGAAGAGCUCUGAGUGUCUGGAGGAGGAUAUAACUGAUAAGGUGACCUUUUUAGAAAAAAGAGUGUCAGAGCUGGAAAAGGACACAGUGGCCAAUGGGGAGCAGCAGAGCCGGUUAAAGCAAGAAAACCUUCAGCUGGUGCACAGGGCAAACGCCUUGGAAGAGCAGCUGAAAGAGCAAGAGAUGAAAUCUGAUGAAAUCCUUAUGGACGAAAUCCGGAAACAGAAAGACCUGCUCAGCAGAAUGGAACGAGAAAAAAGCAUGGAGAUUGAAAACCUACAAGCCCAGUUGCAUCAACUGGACAACGAAAAUGGAGAACUUCGGUCUUGCGUCCCUUGCCUCAAAGCCAACAUUGAGAGGCUGGAGGAGGAGAAGCAGAAGUUGUUGGACGAAAUUGAAGAUCUCACCGUUCAGCUCACGGAAGAGCAGGAGAACAAGAGAAAGCUGGGGGAGAAGCUGAACCACGAGAGACACCAGUUCCAGAAAGAUAAAGAGUCCACGCAAGAGCUGAUUGAGGACCUCAGGAAACAGCUGGAACACCUGCAGCUCUUUAAGCUGGAAGCCGAGCAGCGAAGAGGGCGGAGCAGCAGCGUCGGCCUGCAGGAAUACAACAGCCGGGCGCGAGAGAAUGAACUGGAACAAGAGAUCAGACGGCUCAAGCAGGACAACCGAAUCUUGAAGGAACAGAAUGACGAGCUGAAUGGGCAGAUCAUAAACCUCAGUAUCCAAGGUGCCAAGAAUCUCUUCUCUGCUUCCUUCUCUGAAUCUCUGGCUGCGGAAAUCAGCUUGGUCUCCAGAGAUGAGCUGAUGGAGGCAAUCCAGAAGCAAGAAGAGAUCAACUUCCGACUCCAAGACUACAUUGACCGAAUCAUUGUGGCCAUCAUGGAAACCAACCCGUCCAUCCUGGAAGUCAAGUAG